AUGUUUUCUUCGAUCGUGGGUAAAGGUGGGAUGGAACAAUUAUUUGAAAACAAAGAACUUAACGUAAGCGUAAGAACUGCGAGGAAGGGUGAGUAGGUACUGUUCUACGCAAACGACGUAGCCGAAUCGCUAGGAUACGCUAAUGCAAGAGAUGCUAUUAAAAAACAUGUGUGGGAAGAUGAUAAGUGUACACUGGGGGAAAUUCAAGGGGGUCAUCCAGCGCGACCUCCUUGCGGGAGUCAACCAAAUACGGUUCUCAUUACUGAGCAAGGUUUGUAUCAGCUAAUAUUCGGAUCUGAGAUUAAGCGUGCGAAGGAAUUCAGAAGGUGGGUAUUCAGAGAUGUACUUCCAUCGAUACGUAAAACGCGGUCAUAUGAGUUACCAGAACCAAAUCCCCUCUACGGUAAACAGUUGAAGCUACUCAAUGAGACUGACCUUCAUUAUGUAGUUGUUAGGUACAUCAGGAAGCACCAUCCGAACGCUCUAGUUGUACCGGGGCUAGGUGAGUACCAAGAUACUGUCCAACGUAGAUGCGACGCAUAUCGUAAGGGAUAUAUUGGUGGUCAGCCAGAUCUUAUAAUAACGAAUCCAAUGAAUAGUUACAAUGGAUUUGCAAUUGAGCUCAAGACCCCUAAGGGUACAGGUGAGAUUAGGGACAAUCAAGUGGUCUGGCUAAAGUCGCUACGUAAACAGGGGCACCGGACAUUGAUCUCCAAUGAAUACACAGACAUAGUGCUAGGGAUAGAUGAGUACUUCAGAGUUGACAACACAGCGAAACAUAAGAAAGAAAUGGCGAAUCUGAAAAGACAGUGUAACAAGCUUAAGAAGAAACUAAGUGAAGAAGAAGUGGUAUACCACCGACCUAAGUUCACAGGACAUAAGUACUAG